UUUAAAGCAACAGCAACAGCAGCAGCAGUUGAAGUGAAGCAAAAUCACGAACGUCGACGAUCGAGAGACGGCAAAUCAAGCAACUCGAGCUCCACGAUCGAUUGAGGAGAAGAAAAGAACAGAGAGCAAAAAAAAAACGGUGUUUUCUCAGCAUAAUUAGCGCACAAACAGAGGGGGUCCGUGCCCGUGAGUGUGUAAGCGAACAAAUAGUGUGUGAACGGACCGGGAAUACUGUAAUCGGUGUCCGUGUCCGUGUGUGAGUGUGUAUCGAAGUGAAGUUGUUUGGAAGUUGUUGGUGAAGAAAGUGAAAAGCGCUCGUGAGGAUCGAAGUGAACCUGUGAGAACGACAGCGACCACAAAAAAAAAAAAAAACACAGGAAACGAUCGAACGAAAUCGAAUUCGCAAGAACCAACGCCGAGGGCGGACGGAGCAAACAGUGAGCGUGUGAGUGUUUGUGUCCGUGUGUGUCGAACCAAGCGACCGAGAGUCAGGAAACCGCAAGCGAGGAAAUCGGAAAGCAUCGAACAAUAAGCGGGAAGCAGGAAAAGCAGACAAGGGGGGAAAAAAAGCAUCGAAAGCCUAGAAGUGAACGUGGAACGGAAAAGACUUAGAUGCAAGCGUAAGCGACGAACCGAACUGCACCGGAAGGGCAGCAGCAGCGACAGCAACAGCAACAGCCAAUAGCAGGAACAGUUCGCGGAAGCAAUAGUGCAGCGGAGUGCAGCGCAAGCGUUUUUUUCGAAAAAUACCCCUUCCUCCCAGUACACACAAAACAGUGAUGGCGUGCGGACGAAAGCUAAGCAUCGGGGCGGCGGUGAUGGUGGUGUCGAGUCUGGUGUCGGUCUGCUCCGGAUCGGCCAUACCGAUGUGGGAGUUUCUGAGCCGUGGCGAAAAGAUGUCGCACCUGUACACGAUGUUCGCCAAGCAGGUCUCGAGUUACUGCAAGAACUCCCAGGAUAUGCCGACCAACAUGUGCAAACGCAAUCUGCUGAUGUACGGUAUCAACAAGCUGCAGGACAUGAACGAGUCGCACCUGGACUCGAUGGACCCCUACCAGCGUGGCGCUACUGAUAUAAUUUGGGACGCCAUGAUGGAUGGUCAUACGAAGAACGGCAAGAAGAAGACCCAGACGACGGUCGCACCGGCCUACAUCGUGAGCGAACAGUUCGAGCACAAUCCACUCUUCGACGAUCCGGCACCAACGUCGGACGGGAUUCGUAAGGGUGGUGUUGGUGGUGCCGGCGCCAGCAGCAGCAUCAGCAAGUACGGCAUGGAUUACGACUACAACGUUGGUCCGACCGGGCAGGAGAUGCAGUACUCGGAACCGUACAACCAUCUGCCCCAGGAGGCGUCGACGAAUGUGGACUACUCCUUCCAGUACCAGCCGGCCGCCUCGACGCACUUCAACAAUCUGGCACCGUACGAGCAGAACACGAACUAUCUGACCGGUCCGAUGGUGGUGCGGCUGCGUCCCGAUGGCAGCCCGGUCGAGGAGGAUCGCGUGAAGUCAUCGGCGUCGGCUUCGGUAGUGGCCGCCCUCAGCGUACCGAAGGAUGACGACAUUAAGGAGAUGACGCUCGGCAAGGAGAAGAUGCCCAGCUUCCAGCAGAUCUACGACAGCUUGAAGCAGAACGAGGAACAUCAUCUACCGGCGACGUCGACGGUAGCGGCUCCCAGCACGACCACGACGGCGGCUCUGACGACAUCCGCACCAGUUGCUGCUGUACCGACUCAACAGCAGCAGCAACAGCAGCAACCGAUCUUCGGGUUCGUGCAGCAGCGUCUGCCGAACUACCUCCGUUCCUAUCGCACCGCCUACCGGGUGUACAAUGCCCACUAAGCCGGCGCCCCCGCCCCUGGCUCGGAGUUCGAAACGAAGUGGAUCGAAAGCUGAAUAUGUGAUUUUGUAUUAAUUAACUCAAACCUAAACGCAAAGAUAAACGACGACGACGACGACGACGACGACGAAGAUGACCACCAAGAAGGGACAGACUCAUCCGCGAGGGUUUUCCCCCGCCGGAUGGUGUGGUUUCGCCGUGGUUGGACGCGUAAAAGAGAGCAGGGGGGAACUCACCACCGCCUUAAGGAUGCCGCCUACUACUAACUAGCUACUACUAGGGUAUGGAGCCAAGCAUCAGCUACAGUGUGCCAGGAAGUCUGUGGAUCACUUUGUGCGAACUGCGAUCGAUUUUCGGGUUCGAUCUGUUUGAUCGAUCGAUCGAGAGUUCUCGCCUCAUGGCCAGCCACAGCCGCCACCACCACUACUGCACAGGUAGCUCACGGCAAAAAUGUGUAUUUAUGUAUCGCUCACCCUUCGCAUGCACCACCGUUCUACACCCUCCCACCACCAUUAGCCCUCGAAUUCGUAGUAGUGGUUGUUAAGUUCUCCUGGCAAUGGCCGGGAAUGGAAUUUUUUUUGGAUACCUUGUUCCCUUCGCGGGAACUUCGGGAGGUAUUGGCGAGCGAAAUUGUGAUCCAAGCGGCGAAACAACUGAGCAC